ACCAUUCACUUGUCAGUAGAGUUAUUACUGAUUACUACAUCGGUUGCACAACAGCACAAGGGCACAAGGACACAGGGAGCUAGAAAUAGGUUGAAAGGCUGACAGAUGAGUAGAAUCAGGCGCAGAAAAAAGAGGGAGUGGCGCAGGAAGGCAGGAGCAGCUUGAGCGUGCGCUUGUUUGGCGAGAGGAGUCAGAAAUCCAAGGGAACCGUCGCAUAGAAGAGAUUCGUCCCUCAGUGACAGAUCUGAAAACCAGUGAGCGGAAUCAACAGGGGCAAAUCCCCAUUAAGAUACGGAGCCGUGGAGGCAAACUACAGCGGCAGGCUGAAGGAAUCGUGAAAGAAAUAGAGGACUGUUAUUCUCUGUGUUGUUUGACCAGGCCGGUUCCCACGGUGACGAGAUGGGUGCAGUGGUGGGCACUCUGACCAUGCAAACCAAGCAGAGGAGACCAUCCAGAGAUAAGAUAGAUGAUGAGCUCGAGAUGACGACGGUGUGCUACAGGCCAGAGGGUCUCGACCAAUUGGAAGCCCAAACUAACUUCAGCAAACAGGAGCUGCAGAUCCUCUAUCGUGGAUUCAAGAAUGAAUGCCCCAGUGGUGUUGUAGAUGAGGACACAUUCAAACACAUUUACGCACAGUUCUUCCCUCAUGGAGAUGCAAGCAUGUACGCACAUUAUCUUUUCAAUGCAUUUGACACUACAAACAAUGGCUCCAUUAAGUUUAAGGACUUUGUAGUAGGUUUGUCUACACUGCUGCGAGGAUCAAUGAGAGAAAAGCUUGAGUGGACAUUUUAUCUUUAUGACAUCAACAGAGAUGGCUACAUAAACAGAGAGGAAAUGACUGAGAUUGUGAGGGCCAUCUAUGACAUGAUGGGCAAGUACACCUACCCCGCACUAAAAGGGGACGUCCCGCAGCAGCAUGUGGACGCCUUUUUCCAGAAAAUGGACAAAAACAAAGAUGGAGUGGUGACUUUGGAGGAGUUUAUCAUGGCCUGCCAGGAGGAUGAGACCAUGAUGAGGUCCAUGCAGUUGUUUGAAAACGUGAUGUAGGACAAGAGAAGAGGAUGGAGACGACGUGGAAAAAUGAGAGGGCUUGGUGUGAGUGCGUGUGUGUGUGGAAACAUGCAUGUGCAAUACAUCCAGUCUCUCCCCCACUCCCAAUCGUAUCCAGCUGUGGUCGGGAUACAUUAAGAUUCCCCCCACAAUGACUAGAAAGAAGGGGGCUGGACUGGGAUCCAGUGCGCCUUCCUGCAGAGUGACUGUCCCACUUGGAAGUAGAAGACAUCGCUCUCGGUCCCGUCCGUGACCAUUGGCCUGUUAAAGAUCAACAUGCUCUUAUAUUGCAAAGCUGCUCCAGACCAGCGAAAAGCUAUCUUUCAACCAGCAGAACUUUUUUUCUCUUUUCUCACCAAGAUUGUCCUUUCUUUUUGUAAGAAUAUAUUUGCAUGCUUUUGCAAGAGGCUUUGAUUUAUCUCCAAACAUUUGUUAAAUUUGUUAUGAAAUCUGAUAAUCAGGACUUUUAUAUUUAUCCCUGUUGAAGUGACCCCUCUGUUUUGGUAUUGUCGCUUGCCUGCCAUGUCUAUCAAGGCGUACCGUAGAAUGUCAAUGAAUUUGGAAACAUUUUAAGGGUCUUAAAUGGUGCGUUAGUGUCACUGUUCUUUGUCUAUGUUGGAACUGAGGUUGUAGAAUAAGAAAAUAGUGUGAAAAAUG